UGGACAACCCAUUCUUUAGAGUUUAGGAGUCGUGGUCUAUGCUUUAAUUAAUUAAUUAAUUACCACGCUAGUUAAAACAUGGUGAGAUAACGGGAAAAUGAGGAAAAAUGGGAAAACGAGAAGAGUGACUUUCAAGUUUUCACAAGUCAAGUGAGGGCAGCUCGACUCAGUGUUUCCGUCUCCUUCCGGACAAUGACACAGAUUCCACAAGAUAAUAGUUUACAAAUUUAAUCACCUUACUCCCAACCAACGUCAAAAUGCCCCUAUAUAUACCUCUCUUGUUCUACUUCUUCUUCUUCUCAAUUCCUGGCUCUUUACUUCCUCGGUCUGUUUCUCUCUUUUUAUUUUUUUUCCAAACAAAAUCCACAUAUAAAAUUAUUAACUUCGCUUCAUUCUCACUCAAUUUCGGUGCGUGUAAAGUAUUAGUGUCAUUCCCUCCCAAACCCCGGUUCCAUACUUAGCAGUGUAGUGUGUCAACUCAAAAAUAUUGGUAGUCAUCAAGCUUAAGUUUUGGAAUUGGGAUCCAUGUUAGGACCCAGCCCAAGAAACUAUUUUGUUGCAGCCUCCUCCUUUACCCCAUGAUAAGCACGCAGUCGGAGUCCCACCACUCGUAUGCCGGUAUGUUCAAAUUCACAGAGCACGUCAUCACCUCCAUCAAACCUCCUCCACAACCAGCUAGAAAUAUCCCUCAAAAGGUUCUAAGAAUCAUCCUCACAGACGCAGAUGCCACCGAUUCUUCCAGUGACGAAGAACAUGAUGAGCAACCAACACCAACUAGAAGUCGAAUUAGACGCAUAAACACGGUAAGGAGAGUGAAAAGGCAUGUCAAAGAGAUCAACUUUCAACCACUAUUCCCAUCAUCAUCAGCCUCUACUACUAAGUUACCAGUCAAGCAACAACCAAGCACAAAAAGAGAAAGACCAUCCCCGCAAUCUGACGUCACUCGCUGUAAAAAGUUUAGAGGAGUUCGGCAGAGGGUCUGGGGACGCUGGGCAGCAGAGAUACGAGACCCCAACCAACGCAAACGGGUGUGGCUUGGCACUUUUGACACCCCUGAGGAAGCUGCCACCGCCUACGACAAAGCUGCCCUCUUGCUCAGGGGUCCAAACGCAGUCACCAACUUCUCUAUCCCAGUUUUGGAGGAAAAGGAAGCCCCAGUUGACCAAAGUCAAGGCGACGCCUUUGACUCCUCAACACCCUGCUGUUCUCCCUCUUCUUCCUCGUCUGUUCUGCGCUACGAGGAAUGGACGCCGUCUGACGGAUUGGGGCACAUGGAGGUUGACGUUGGCACUUCUGGUUUCCAGAUUGAUGUUCCCUCCUACUCUACGGAUCUCUUCUUAUCGGAUGAGUUGUUUGCCCAACAACAGGAAGAUGAAAUCUCCGACUUUAACGUUGACGAUUUCUUGGUCUUGGAUUAGCACCAUUUUCUUAUACUAUUAACACUACAACUAUCAGUAUUUUUAUAAUUAUUAGACGAGGAAUAUUUUUGGCCCAAAAACAGGGGUAGUAUUUUAGUCGUCGUAGUAGUACACUACUAUUUUGGUGAGUGGAGAGAUUCUUCUUGGGUUUUAUUAUUAUUAUUUUUUUUGGGUAUGCAGUAUGUAGUUGUACUUGCCCGGCGGAGGUGGCAGCUGUUGGUUAUGUGGCGGUGAUUGGUCCGCCGUUCUGUUGAUUAUAUUUCCUAAACUGUCCCUCCUUAUUUUGAUAGUCAAACUACGGAGUGUAAUACUGUAAUUACAGCGAGUUUAGCCCAUUUUGUCUCUUGAAAUCUUUAACUUGAUUUUUCUUUGUGUGUAUUUAAAUUUUAUUAAUUUAUUAUUUAGAAGACGCUUUUUAUGUAUUAAAAAAAAAAAAAAAGCUUUUUAUGUUGUAAGUAAUACAGCCGCCAAAUUGUUACUAUUGCUAUAUAAAAAAACACCUCGUAUUCAUCUCAUAUACCCAAAAAGAAAAAUCGCUGCUGUUAUACUAAGCCCUUUUGUGCGACAAAUGUUAGACACAAGUAUCCACGUUCUUGUGCUGCGUUGAAAAUUCAGAGACUGAUAUUUGUCAAGUGGUAAGAGAUAAUCGGUUUCAGAUUUGAGAUUUGCUUAGAUGUCACGCCACGCGUUGAAAAGCAAAGUAAAAGUUUUAAUUAUUGUUAUUACAAAAUCAAAACAAAAUUAAGAAAGAAAAAAGAAUGAUAAUGGUCUCAGUGGUUGAAUAAAUCUUCUUCUGCUGCUGGCAAUGGGCUAAAUGGCUAUAGAUUGACAAAGACAUCGAUGAAUACUAACAAUAAUAAAGUGGAGGCAUAGUUGAAAGAUUCAAACGUUGGAAAUGUGCUCAGAAAAAAAGUAGACGCCGCCCGGCUCCCUCAAUGGCUUCAAAAGGCUUGCACUCACCCCACGCCAUGAGGCAUCGUUGGCUCUUGUCGUCAAUUUUGGGCUCCACCCCCGAUUUCAGAGAUGGGCACGGCUGAUUAGAUUAGAUGCUAUAUUUCCCAAAUCACUCACGCUAUCUUUUUAACUACUAUGUAUCUAAC